CUGCUUAAAGUUGUGAGUGACGGUCGUUUCUGAACAGAGCAGGUCUGGAUUUUAUCCUUGUACUUUGAGAUACAAGGUACUUCAACAGAGACUCGGUGAAAAGCGACGCUUUUCUCUUUUUGUUCCCUUCGAGAAGCUGUCCAACGUAUUCAGCAUUGCAGUGGACAUUGCGAAAGAAAACUAUUGUAAGCAGCCCAUGGCGUUAACUGUGAACUGGUUGACUCUGGCUUUGAGCGCCUGUCUCUUGCUGAUGGUUCGCGGUGACUGUGACAGAGGCUGCGCUCUCUGCGUUUACAGGCUAUUCAGUCAACAGAGAGAGAUCGACACACUGACCUGCUCAUUAGAAUGUGAAGGGACAGUGGACUCCAGAAAACUAGAAAUCUGCAAAAACAUACUCAGUGAAGAAGAUCGCCUUGCAAUGGACAACCUUAAACGAGAUGAAGAGAUUACAGACCAUCUUCUCAUGAAAAAAUAUGGUGGAUUCAUGAAGCGUUAUGGGGGCUUCAUGAUUAAGAAAGGUGCAGAGAUUGGCAUGGGAACCCCAGCUGAAAGUGACGGCACAGAAGCCAUUAGUAAGAAAUAUGGAGGCUUUAUGAAGAAAGACAAGGCAGAAGGUGGAGCCGAAGACCAACAGAUGGAGCUGCUGAGAGAGAUCCUCAGGGUGGGUCUCACCUCAGAGUCAGAGGAGCAGCAUGAUGGGGACAUAGUCAAGCGCUAUGGGGGAUUUAUGAGGAGUGUACAGGGUCUAGGGGAGGCAGGGAGAGACUUGCACAAGAGAUAUGGGGGGUUUAUGCGCAGAGUGGGCAGGCCUGACUGGUUGGACAACCAGAAAAGCAGUGGGUUUCUGAAACGCACUUGGGAGGAUGGAGGCGAGACUACCCUGCCCAACAUGCAGAAAAGAUAUGGUGGAUUCAUGGAUUAGAAUUUAAACAUGGACACCCACACUAAACAAUCUGUUGCUACUUUAUGUAGAGCUUGCACUGUGUUGUACUUGCACUGUAGUAUCAUGUGAAGCCAUUUUUAAUUUAUAUUUAUUUUAGGCUGAAUAUACAAUACAGUUAUAUUUGUGUUCUCUGUGAAUAUGGUUUGUGUUUAAAAAAAAAGAAAAAAGGGAAAAAAAAUAUUUUCCAAUUCUUUGUGUUUACAAUGAAAUCAUCCAUCAGAUGGUACUUUUGGUAAAGACAAAGACAGACAACAAUAAUAAAACUACUAUAUGGAUCACAUGAAUAAACAAUAGUUUUCACAUUGUUCAUAUUGUUUUACAUUGCUUUGUUCUCUGAGAAUCUCAUCACAUUAGCUAGUGUGCUUUGCUCAAACUUUGUAGAUGAGGUUAAAUCUGCUGUCUGCACUUGAUAUGUGAAUGGUUAAUGCAUUUCUUUAAAAAAAAACACUUUAUAACAGCUUUUGUUCUUGUUUAAAUCAGAGCAACAUUUCUGAGCUAUUAGCUGUACAGAUUACAAUAAAUGAAUCUUAUUGCAGAAGUAAAA